ACGAAGCCGAAAUGGCAGUCCGGGCCUCUUUUGAAAACAACAACGAGAUCGGGUGUUUCGCGAAACUUACUAACACUUACUGCCUGGUGGCGAUCGGAGGAUCGGAAAACUUCUACAGUGUGUUUGAAGGAGAGCUUUCUGAGACUGUCCCUGUAGUACAUGCUUCAAUAGCGGGAUGCAGAAUUAUUGGCAGGAUGUGUGUUGGCAACCGUAACGGUCUUUUAGUACCGAGCAAUACUACAGAUCAAGAGCUGCAGCACAUUAGAAACAGUCUGCCGGACUCGGUGCGGAUCCAAAGAGUGGAAGAGAGGCUUUCUGCUUUGGGAAACGUCAUCGCGUGUAAUGAUUAUGUAGCCCUCGUCCAUCCAGACCUUGACAGGGAAACGGAGGAGAUAUUGGCAGAUGUCCUAAAAGUGGAAGUGUUUAGGCAAACAGUCGCCGAACAGGUUCUCGUUGGAAGUUACUGUGCGUUUAGUAAUCAAGGAGGUUUAGUCCAUCCCAAAACAUCCAUCGAGGAUCAAGAUGAGCUGUCUUCUCUCUUACAGGUUCCCCUCGUGGCUGGUACAGUAAACCGAGGCAGCGAAGUGAUUGCGUCAGGAAUGGUUGUUAAUGAUUGGUGUGCAUUUUGUGGCCUGGAUACAACAAGCACCGAGCUCUCCGUUAUAGAAAGUGUAUUCAAACUGAGUGAUGCACAGCCUAGUACCAUCGCUACCAGCAUGAGAGAUUCUCUCAUCGAUAGCUUAACAUAAGAGGUAACUACAGGAAAAAAAAAGCGGAAGAACACCUUUGAAAAUCAGUUGCUAACUUAAGCAAAACUGUGCUACCAAAUGUAAAUAGGUUGAUUAGGAACACUUGGUGUGUACUGGUUAAGCAGCAACUUAACGGUAUCUGAAAUUAUAUGUAAAACCUGGAUAAUGUAGUACACAACGUUUUCCAGGAGUAUUAUGUAAUGCACUUACUCUGCUUCAAUACAAAAAUAAUAAAUACUAUUUUACAACAUC